AUGGGAUUGGCAGAUAGCUUGAAGGACAAUGUUGAUGCUUCAGCAGGUGGAGCAUUUUUGAGCAAGUCAUUUAAAGAGUGUAAGGUCCUGCUAGAUAAAAUGGCUCAAAACUCGGGAUGGAUGACAAGAGACUCCACAAUCACCCCUAUAGUUCACUCAGUAGCAUUGGACCCGAACAAUUCUAUAGCCGAGAAUAUGGCCAAUUUGAUUACGCAAAUGAAUAUCCUUACCAAGAAGAUUGAUGAAUCAAUGCCAAUUGAGUUAGAUGAGACAACUGAGUUAGUAGAAGUAAGAGUACAACCAACCCACGAGGAAAUAAAUAAGGAAAAAGAGGUUGCGGAAGAGACUGAGAAAGUGCAAGAGAAGGUAUUAGAAAAAGUGCCUGAGCAGGAUCUAACUCAAGCCACAGGAAAGAAGCGACCUCCAGCACCAUUCCCGCAAAGGUUGGCCAAAUAUCAGAAGGAUGAGCAGUAUAAAAAGUUCAUGGAAAUGCUAAAGCAAAUUCAUGUAAACAUUCCUUUAAUCGAUGCUUUGAAGGAGAUGCCUAGUUAUGCUAAAAUGAUGAAGGACUUGAUGUCUCGUAAGUUUGACUUCCAAGACUUGGCAAUUGUCACAUUGACAGAGACCUGUAGUGUUGUUGUGUCAAGACCUAUAGCUGAGAAGUUAUCCGACCCUGGAAGCUUCACAAUUCUAUGA